UAUGGCCGUUCAUUCGGAAGAAAUUAAUCGGUUAAAAAUUCGUACUUAAAUUUUCUUUUACGUUUGAAUAAGAAAAAAAGAACUGUGAUUUCUAUAUAGUGGAAAUAGUAUUUGUUUUUCUUUUUGAAACUCUAGACAUCGCAUUAUUUGUUAUGAAAUCUUUAUAAAUUAUUGAUACCUAGUAACAUAAUGUCAUCUAUGAUUCAAAGUUGUUCGAUAACAACUUAUUUGUGUUGAACGUGACAGCUUGCUCGCUUUGAAAUAUGUCUAUUCUUACGGUGGCAGGUGAUUCUUUUCUAAAUGUCGAAUAAUUAUUUUGAUUUUUAAGUAAAUGUAUGUUAUAUAUAUAUAUAUAUAUAUACAUACAAGUAUAUAUAUAUAUAUUUUUGUUUUUUAAUCGUUUCUAUUGUAUCUUAACACGAACGCUUUGUUUUGUGUAAUUAAUUUGUAAUAUUCUGGAGUUUCAAUGGGUGACAUAUUCUACAACUGAAUUAUUCGACAAUGCUAUUGUGUACAUAUUAAACACUAUAAAGUGGAAUUGAUACAAAAAUAUCCUGUAUCAAGCAUGAAUAAAUCGGUUGAAAAUUUGUUAAUGUCUAGUCAUGAUGUAAUAAAUAGUAUAAACUCGUCAAAUUUGGGACAUCAGAGUGGCGCUACAAAUGUAGGAAAUGGAAUAUCAACUGAAAUAUCUCAAGAAACAAUAAAUAGCGGAGGUGGUAGCCCUAUAUCUAGUCCUAAUUUAUCUCCUCGCCCAAGCCCUAAAGCUCAUUGCAAACGAGAAUAUAUUAGAUUAAAUUCUGAUUCAAGUAAAGAGUCCAAUCGUGCAAAUAAAUCUGAUGAUCAAUCGCAGGAAGCGAUAAACAAGUCAUCCGAUUCAGUAGAUUAUAAUAAGAGUUCUGCACACGAAAGUAAAAAGGAAUCCAGGAAUGGAGAUAGAAAUAAAAAAAAAUCGUGGUACCAUGUCUUAUACCCAACGUACAAGUCUCGAUCAGAAGAUUUUAAACGAAUAUUUAAAGAUGUUCCGGACGAUGAGAGAUUAGUUGUAGAUUAUUCCUGUGCCCUACAACGCGAGAUAUUAGUGCAUGGAAGGCUUUAUGUCUCUCAAAACUACGUCUGCUUUUAUGCCAAUAUUUUCAUGUGGGAGACAUUGGUGUCUCUACGUUGGAAAGACGUUACAUCUAUUACCAAAGAAAAAACAGCACUUGUGAUUCCCAAUGCUAUCUUAAUAUCUACAGUUAGCGAUAAAUUUUUCUUGACUUCAUUUGGUGCAAGGGACAAGACGUAUUUGAUGUUAUUCCGUGUUUGGCAAAAUGCUCUGAUUGGUCAGCCUAUGAGUAUGGCCGAAAUGUGGCAACUUGUUCACACUAGUUAUGGGGAUGAAUUGGGAUUAACGUCCGACGAUGAAGAUUAUGUACCACCAUUAGCAGCUACAGACGAAGAGAAAUUUUCAACGCGAUUAUCCGUGGAAUCAUUUUCCGAAGCAGAAGGUGCAAGUAUGGAAAAUUCAACUUCCCCUAUUGUAGAACCAAUUAAUGAAAUAGAGGAACAAAUUGUAUCCUUAUCUCCACCCCCACCCCCACUCCAGCCUAGAACAGAUCCAGUUCUUGAUCCAACUGAUCUAAGCGAUACGACGGAAAGUGAAGCUGAAAAGCAUACUGCAAAACUUAGCAUUCGUGGAGCUAUGAAAUGUACUUCUCCGCACGAAGGUCGUGAACUCUAUAAAACUAUUUUCCCUAUACACAUAGAUCAGUUGUUCACCUUGUUAUUCACUAAUUCAAAAUUCUUUUUGGAUUUUCACACUGCUCGCAAAACCACUGAUUUGGUGCAGUCUGCGUGGACGCAGAAUGAUCAAACUGGUCAAAAAAUGAGGACUAUUUCUAUGACGGUAUCGUUAACUCAAGCAAUUGGUCCAAGGACUUCGUUAGUUACGGAAACUCAGAUUAUGUUGCCAUGCAGCAGACCAGGCCAUCUUUAUUGCAUUGAUGUAGAAUGCACAAAUGCAGGCAUUCCAUAUGCAGAUUCCUUUAGCGUGUUAUCUCAUUAUUGUAUGAGCAGCGUAUCGGACAAUGAAACAAGUCUGGCAGUAUAUUCACAGAUCAAAUAUAAAAAGAAUGUUUGGUCUUUUGUGAAAAGUAUGAUAGAAAAAAGUUGUUGGACUGGACUUGAUGAUUAUUUUAGUAAUAUAAUAAAAGCUUUGAAUGUAGAAUGCGAAGAAGGUACGGUGAGUGCAGGAUUAAAGAGAAAAACACGUAGAAGGAGACGAGCAACGUGUGCAGGAAGUGCUUUACAAAAUCAUUCACCAGAUAAUAUAUCUCCCAACCAUCAAUCUUUACCUACAGAUUUGCCACAUAUACACAAUAAUAAUGGUGCCAGUACUAGAAGCGAUGCAGGCAUGAUAGUUAGUUCGAUGCUUCUGGUAGCUGUAUUAUGUCUGAUGAUAAUCAAUGGGUUGUUGUAUUACAAAUUAUGGGGCCUGGAAGAAGCUGCAGCUUAUACAAUAAUGGACUUACAUGUUCUUAAGAACACUCCAAAGACUGAAGAAGAAUGGAUAAAUUUGUUACAGCAACAAGAAAGUUUGCAUAACGUAGAAGUACGGAAAUGGCAACGAGUUUUGCAUACCGCUGCACAAUUACUUAGACAAACUGAAGAAUCUUUAACAGAAUUACAAAUGAGCAUUCAUCCUACCGCAACAGAAAAGAUGUUUUCAGUAUUAAAACCACCUCUGAAAAAUACAAAUACUCGCACAGGACAACAGAGUAAAUCUGAAUUAUAAAUACAAUUUAUCGGAAUAAUGUUACGCUCCUUUGUUAGCUCAAGAUUUGUUUUCUCGUUAAUGUUGAUUCCAUCAAUAAUCUUGUGUAUAGUUGAAAAAGGGGAAAGAACUUAUUGAUGCACUGUGAUUAUAUUUAAAAAUUCUACAAAAUAUAUGGAAUAAUUUAGUGAUAAAUAUUUAAACAUUUACUAUUUGUAUUUGACAUUAAUGUAUUUCUUAGUGUUACUGAAUAUGUAUGUAUAAUACUUUACACAAAUUUGCUUUACAUGAGAAAAAUAAUUAAUUCUGUUAUAAAUGUCAUAAAAUAGAUAUAUUUAAUGUAAAACA